GCAGCAAUGGCGGUGGGGCGCUGAGUACCGUGCGUUGUUCCUCUGCUGCCGCGCGCGCGUGUGUGUGUGUGUGUGCGUGUGCGGCGCUCCGCGCCGCUAAACCUGGUUCAUCGCUGUGUCGUCGGUGGUGCGUCCUACUUCCACGAUUAAGGUGCCGGCCCAUGCGUCCUCUGCCGGCAUCAUGCCUUCCCGCGAGCUGUCGACGAGCGUGAUGAGUGGCUCGUGCCCGACCGUAGGGCCCGACUGGGUCGCGGCGAGGGUUCGCGAGCCUGCGGCGCCCGAGCUGCUCCUGCUUGACUGCCGGCCGCCCGAGCAGUUCGCGCGGUGCCGGUUGCGCGGCGCGCUGGGCGUCAGCCUUCCGGCGUCGCACCUCGUGCUACGACGACUGUCCAACGGCAAGUUGUGCGUCUCGAGCGUGCUCAGGGACUCCCGGCAGCGAGACGCCUUCGAGACGUGCUACCGCCAACUGCCUAUCGUGCUUUACGACGCGGACGGCAGCUACGCUGACGCGCAGGUCACCGGAGUGCUAGUGCAGAGGCUUCGCCAAGAUGGCUGUCAGGUGUCCUGCCUGCAAGGCGGCUUCUCGGAGUUCCACUCUCGCUACCCCGAGUGGUGCGACAGCGCGGAGCCCGGGGCGGUGCCUCCCCCGGGCGUGUCGGUGACCACGACCCGGGCCCUGCUGGGCCUGGAGACGCUGCGCAUCUCCACCGAGUGCGGCUCGCCCAAGGACCCUCGCGACGACCCGGACCGCUGCGACAGCGGCCUCGCCCGAGACGACAGCCCCGGGGGAGCGGACCCGCCGUUUCCCGUGCAGAUCGUGCCCUUCCUCUAUCUAGGCAACGAAGAAAACUCGCUGGACUUGGACUCCCUGGAGCGGCACAACAUCCGCUACGUGCUCAACGUGACGCACAACCUGGCCAACGCGUUCGAGGGCCGGGGCCUCAAGUACAUGAAGAUCCCCAUCGAGGACCACUGGUCGCAGAACCUGGCAUCCUUCUUCCCGCAGGCCAUCGCCUUCAUCGACGAGGCGAGGCAGAAGCGCGUCGGUGUGCUGGUGCACUGCCUGGCCGGGGUGUCGCGCUCGGUGACGGUGACGCUUGCCUACCUGAUGCAGAAGCACAAGCUGCCGCUCAACGAGGCGUACGACCUGGUCAAGAAGCGCAAGGCCAACAUCGCACCCAACUUCAACUUCCUCGGCCAGCUUCUCGACUUCGAGCAGUUGCUGGACCUGCGGCCGCAGCGGUGCGGGUGCUGCCACACGCCGUGCCGCUGUCGCCGCGCGCUUCACUUCACGUCGCCCACGCGCACCACACCUGACUCGGGCAUUGACCUCGACCGGUGGACGUAGCGUGAGGCCCGCGGGGGCAGCCGCUUCCAGUUUGCCCCCGCGGUCACACCUGAUGAGCUCGAGCCCGUGCUCGAGCCUACGUCAGAAGAAGACGACGAAGAGCUCGGCGCAUCGGCGUCGGCUGCAGGCAGCCACCAUCAGCAGCCGCAGGACGGCUGUGAUGCCGUCUGAAUGAUCCGGCGUACGGCCUUCGCCCCCUCAGCAACCUUAUGGUGGAGCCACAAAAACCAUCCCUCGUCUGCCUCUCUUCAAGCUGUAGUUGCAGCAACGAGAAGAAAUGGAAACUUGGGCUCUAGACUUGGGAAGGGUGCCAUCUCCAGUAGAUUUCCAUCUACUAGUACUGUGCAAGAACUUGGUACUACGUCACUUCGACUUACUGCCCCGAUUUUGCCACCAUUUGCUCAAGCAUUGGUGGGUGGCUUGGAGAAUUCGAUAGUUGCAGGAAACGGCUUAAAUAACGCCUACUUUCCGGGUCUGUGCUUAAGAGCCACGUCCACACCACCGGUGGCAAAUAGAUGCUGUAGCAGCAUCUGCCAACUGUGCUGAAGGUACCCUGAGGUUUAAAGAACAAGGGAAUAGUGAUGACAAAAAAACAUUGUACAAGCUCAGUGCCAUGUAAGCACUUGCUUCAGUUGUGCGAAACUUGAUUGCAUUAAGCUCCAGUUAGUGCCAAGUAUGAACUUGACAUUGGCAGGGACCCAGAAGUUUUUUCUCGUUUUUUGAACCGUAAAUUUCUUUUUUCUCUCUCGAAACCUCAAUAUCAUGCUCAGUGAAAGCUUUCAAAUCUCAGUAUUCAACAUGGCAAUUGUAAAACAAUUGCCAUGUUGAAUACUGUUGGAACUUUAUGUUGGAACUUUAUGGUUAAAUAAUGUUGGAACUUUAUGGUUAAAAUUUAAUACCAUUUUAUUAUAUCUUGGUUUUCUUCUGAAACGCAUUUUGCAUUCAAUGCCAUUUUACAUGGAUGUUGCUCACACUCUACCAGUAAAUAUUUGCUCCACACAUUUCGUGUAGAUCUUCAGUGCCAUUGUUGCAUUAUUUUUCAUUGUCCUGCACGAUCUCUAACUGGCCAGCCAUUGCAAAAAAUAAAUAUUCUUUGAGCAUUCAGCAUGCAAAAGCAGAGUGGAGAAUACUAAAAGAAGCAUUAAGCAUUUCAGCUUAUAGUCAUGUUUGGCACAUCCACUUGUGAAAUUACAUCUGUAGCUUCUGGGAACUUGCCAUGUUUGUAGCAAGUACAAAGCAUCUGCUCAGCUAGACCACUGUGCCAGCUGGUUUUGAAAGCGUGGACCAUAAAAAAUGCCUUUGAGGGCAACCUUCAUGGCCUCCCUGUGCAUUCGAGGGGUGCAGCUCUUGACAGAGAGUGAUUGCUGGUAGCAACUCAACUCCCCUUGGCCAGGUGCUGUUCGGCCGCCAGCUGCAAAGUGAAUAGGUCAGCUGUGUUACGCGAUGUUUUCAAACAAGAGAUGUAUAAAGCUGCUCAAUGACUGGCCUUUCUGCGGCACCAAAGUGCUGAACUACGGUGACUUUAAGGGACUUGUAUUUGAUAUCCAAGCUCUGGAAGAGGUAGUACCUCUGUUCUUAAGCUUAUGGCCUGUUCAAUGUUCAUGUUCAAGGAACUUGUGAAAUACAAGUUUGGUACUACUGCAAUUGUAGUCUGAUAUAGCUACGAACUGGCACGUAUUGAAAGUUGAAGUGACAGUGAGUGCAUGUUAGCAUCUGUUCUUCCAUGCAAAAUGAAGUAGCGAGCCUUGUUUUUUUUUAUUUUCAGUGGCUGCAUGGUUUGAAAGAGGCAGUGCUGAAGGAUUGUGCUUUUGCCAAGGACUGCUCAUUUGGAAAUAACUGUGUUGUGGGACUAGUAGGUUUCCUUUAUGAAGUCCUCAGUUACAGCCCAAAAUUUUUACAGGCUGCUAUGAAAACAUUCGCAUGUUCCUAAAGGUUUCAUCUUGGCAGUGCAAUCUUUCCUUUAACAUUACCGGUCUGGUGGGCUGGGCUUUUGUGACGUGCAUCCUACGUUGCCACUUCAGGAAAACGAAGUGAAAUAAUAUACUGACCAAUUGGUAUAUUUCUAUCGCUUUGCAGAUAAUAACGAAAUGCAGUUUUGCCUAGAAGGCUGCUUUUAACGAUGUGCAAGCAGACAUUAUUAGUUCAUUCUAUUCAAGAGUCUUCCUGUUUCCACUGUCAAAGAUGAUCAGUAUGUUCUUUGAUGACUCUAACAAUAUUUCUGGCAGUUACUGCAAGCCAAGUUCUGCUAUAGUGGCACUUGAUAUGAAGGGGCAUAGAAAGCCUUCCAUUAGCCAGAACAAGCAAUACACACGUAAGACAUUUUUGUCUAGUGCACAACAGACCCCCGUGCCAGGUAUAGUAUAUUCAGCCAUAUCCUAGCAUUAACACAGAUGCAUACCUUUGAUUAACAGCACUUCAUACUCUAGACUUGACAUGCAGGAACCUCAUUCCUCAGUUGUCUUCCUUCACUGUGCCAAACACUGGGAAUCAGCAGUGUUAUGUUAUGAGAACUAGCCUUGCAGACAUGCUGGCAGACAUGCUGAAGCACCUUAUCAGUGCAAUAACUUUUACAGCCUUACCACCAAAGCACCAUAUGCACUCAUCACUGUAUGUGUAGUGGCUGAAAUCAAUUUCACACCUGCAAGCUGCUGUGCCACAAUCUAGAAUGAAACAUUUAUCCACUGCUUGAAGAAGAAACCACUUUUGUUAGCUCCUCUGAGCUCCUACAAAGUGUCUCUGUGUCUGUGCUUCAGUGAAAUACUUGUAAAUAUGUAAUUUAAUUUACUUCUUUGAAACGGUAACAUAGGGAGCUUCACCUCACUUUUGCCCAGCCCAGCCAUCAUUGUUUUUAUCCUGUAAAUAGCAUCAAUCAUGUUACACGUGUAUAUAGUGUAUAUAAGUGAAUGGCAUAAUGUUAUAUAUGUUGUUCUUUCAUUUUAUUUUUCUCUUGAAGCGCGCUGCCAUAUCCCUACAAUCUUUGCAGGGAAGUUGGUCGCAUGUUGAAUGCAUACUAUUGACCAUAGAAAGAUUUUCCUCCUCAACCUGAUCGUUUGUUGCUUUGUUGUUGAUGCACACAUUACUGUUGGUUCACUUGUUGGUGCAACCAUGUUCAAGUGUGAGAAGCCUGUCACUUAUUGCAGUGACUGAGUUUGUUAAUGAACUUGGAUGACUCGGUCAUAGGUGGUGCAGGAGCUCGGUCACUGUGGCGAAAACCCUCGCACAGAAAGAAUCUUUCGUUAUGUAAUAUGAUUAAAAACAUUGCAUAAUUUUAAAAUUGGAGCUAUGUCAAAGUUUAUGUGGGCUCGGCCCAUUGGCGGAUACAGAGGGGGGGUCAGUAAAGGCAAUUGCCCCCCCACUGAGACCUCUUGCAGUGCCCCUCCCCCUUAAUUCAAUGUUCGUAGUCCCCCUCCUAUCACCAAUUAGGACAAAUGAGCGAGACCACUGUGAGCAGGUAUUAACAGUAUUUGUGCUAAGAAGGUUUUUUUCUGCUAGCAAAACCAAUACUGUCAUGACCACGCCCCCCCUAUCCGGUGUUACUUUAGGUGACCCCCCCCCCCCCCUAAAAUGAGUGGCUGGAUCCGCCCGCGGCUUGGCCCAGGCAUGAACUGGAUUUGUGCAAUACAUUUUGUCAAACUGCUGCCUGGUGUGCUGUCAUAUUUAGCACAGUUCAGUCUCUCGCUGUGCCUGUCAUUCUGGAGGUCUUCUUUGCCGAAUGCAAUAGAUCAGUUUGUUAUGAAAUUUUGCGAAUGAGGUGAAUUUGAAAUGUCCUGCUUCUCCUGCACUGGAACGCUUGCACCACCUAUGAAAAAGUAACAUCAUGUGCAAUUUUCCCGACUGGUCUGCCGUAAGUAGCCUGCCAAACACAUUAGCCCGAACACGGACAUUCUUUAGCGGGUAGCGCGGCUGCAAAAGGAAAAACAAAUAACUGUUAUGAGGGGAACGUGGUCAUCCGUUGAAGAGUAAGGGGACGCACCGUGUUAUUUAUCUCUCACUCUUUUUCCCAUUUUUAUAUUUCCCCAACAGAAAAGUAACGCAGAAUAGCUUUGUACUGUGACUAAUAGAGGCCUCGUAAUCAUGUUGUAGCAACCACACACGUGCACUGCUGAAGCUCGUAACUACUUGUAGUGUCCAGCAAAUGAGUAGUGUGUAUUUCGGCAUACCCACCUUUUGUAGAUGUUUCACACCUCUAGCUGUUAAUGGCAGGAAAGGGCGCACGUGUACGUCUUCCUUGAUUUAUGUGCUGUAUUACGUGUUAUCGGCCUCUCGCAAAGUACAAACCUUUCUCCUAUUGGUUUGCUGAUCUUUAGCUGUCAGAGAAUUUACGUGCACCUAGUGGUGGACGCAUUAGUGCUCUGGCGCCUGGAAUGUUUCGGCUAAAGAAGACCGAGUUUUGCCAAUGUGACAUAUAUUGAGAAGCUUAGCCACAACACCGUAUGUCAAUGACAUUAGCAGGCAACGAGCCAGGAUUGUGGCUGAGUGGUUUGGUUGUUAAUUGACACAAUAGACUUAAAAGUAUGACGUUAGGAAGUUUCACUGACCCGAGGCAAACUGAAGCACUCUAAGAGCUUGCGCCACCCUUCGCACACACGAUUAAGUAGGAUCACUAUAUACGAUGGUGUCCCCUUCCUUUCAUGAAUGUUUCCUACCUUGCUCACUCAUACAGCGCACAGACAUCUAGCCAGCACAGUUGCAAAGCAUCUGUUCAUGACUUUCCGGUCCUGUGACCAAAGCGGUACUCAUAGGUCGCUUAGUUCACAUUCUCUAUCAACCGUAUGAAAACAGUCACUUGCAGUGCUGGCACCUCUAGCUAAGCUAUUGCCCGGUGGAAUUCAAGCGCAAAGGUUUCUCACGGAGCAUUUUUCUUACCAGCAGGGAGCCAAUAUUUUUAAUAAACCUGUUUGUAAACAUCGCAGCUAUGUGCUGGCUGGCGGGAUUUCUGUGCAGUGGCUAGCAUUGAAACAAUAUAUGCAUGUCGUUUGCAAGCAUAUAAAAAAAAGGACGGAGCACUUUCUCAGUUCUCUCUCCCAUCCUCUCAUAUUUUCACGAUAUUGCUUCAGUGUGAUGGCUAAUGGUGCGUGCUGGCUUCUGGUACAACAAUCCAGUCUUGUGUUGGGGCCAAUCCUUGUUGAACUAACGAUACGCCAUGUUGGUUGCAGUGUUGUGGGUGCCAGCAGUGUUGCUAGUUAUUAUUUGUUAAAGACACUCAAAAGUGCAGAACCCAUUUCGUCCCUUGUUAUGAAAUGCAGUGAACCGAGCUGUUUGGUUGCUAAGGCGCCACUUCAUGCCAACUACUGCCGGAAGACUCUACUUGUGAGGUGACCGAGGACACAGAAUGUUAUUUGUGACGACGUUCGGCUGUCAUGCAUUCAAAUUGCGCCCCACCACACCAACCGUGGCCGAAAUACUUAACCUUGAAGUAUUCCUGAAACAUGUAUAGAUCAAAAACGCAGGACUCGCAGCGCGGUAGGGGCGCCGACGCGAUGCCAGACAUAUGCCUAAAAUUAUUUUCAUGUUGUUUGUGCAAAAUGCUUAGUUCUCUCGCAACGCAGGGACACGGGCUUGUUGGGUGCACAUGCUAGGCCCGUUGGCGCAUUCAUGCAAUGCGACGCCGUCUUGUCAGGACUCGUGCCAAAACCGUGUGUCUACGAUAGAAGAAAAAACAAGCGUCGUCGCCGUAUGCCUAAAGCUUUGAUGUUCAACCUGUGUCGUCUGUAGCAAGACAAACAAGAAUGGUGCUGCUGUCAAACCCUUUCGCUUUUUUUUCUUUCGCUUCUUUGCUGACUAGACGUUUUCAUUAAACUAGUGAAUAGAAAAGCACAGCCCCACACACGGAUCGUAGUGUUUAGGAACUUCAUCAAUAAUUCUUAGCUUAGAAUAGAUUAGAAAGAGAAACUUUUACGCUGUGCGUGCUCUGGCGAAAUAUGUUCUACGCUAGCAAAAAGGUGUGGGGCCAAAUGUGGUAGCAUGGAUGUAUAGGUGUCCAUAAGUAUAGCUCCGGAAUGCGUUUACAUUUUUGACGCCUCUAUUUUUGUGGUCGCGUGUCUCUUCAUGUUAAAUUCACAAAGCUGUCGUGACACCCUUUAAUAAUUUCUUGUCACUGUCCUAGCGUUCAGAGAAAGAGCCAACCUCGGUCGCCUCAAUGAGUAGCUGCUUCCGCACAGUUUCAGGGGGGAGUAAGACGUAGCGACACCUUCACCCGCAAAAAGCAAAGUGGAUGUCAUAGACAACCUACUAUUUCCUAAUCUCUCCAUUGUUGCGCCGUUUCCUGUGUUUUUCAGGCAACUGCAGUCUUUUAUCAUUGGAUUGUCACUUCGCUCUCUGACUGCCAAAACAACGCUGGAGCUGUUCAUCCUCCCUUGACCCUUGCUCCCUCGUUUUCAUUUAUCUUAUCAAAAUGUGAUAACAAAUCAUCGCCGUGCUAUGUGUAUAUGUUCUGUACAUUAUCAAUCUUGUCCCAUGCUCCUUUUUUCGCUGUUACGAAGAAAAAGCCUGUGCCUGUUGUGCAAAAAUGCGUGGACUCGCGACAAACAAUAAAGGUGUGUGAUGUUGGUGUUUGUUUUGGACGAAGGUGAGUGUUUUUGGAUCCCCGCACUCGCGUGUUGGUUGAGUGCUGCGUGCAAAUGGAGACUGUUAUAAUCUCGGAGUUAUUUCCAUAUACACCUGGAAAGCCAAUAAAAUGUGCAUAUUUUUCAUGAA